UGUUGGCACUGUUACAUCGGUCGGUGUUCUUACAGGAACAGAUCUCGAUUGUCGGAGUUGAGUUGUUUUGGUAACGAUGUAGCCGAAUGAAGAGACGGUAACUAUGUUGCUCCCCAUUUUCCUCCAGUUUUUAGCCGUAGUCCAUUCUGCCAGGCAGGUUUUGCAGUUUUAUGUCACCGCCGUGUCGGCCCCCGUCCCUGGGCUGCCGCUCUAUUCAGUUAUCGGGUAUGUGGAUGACGUGUUUAUUGUGAAGUACACGAGCGAGUCCCGAAAAGCCCAACCUGCCUCCCAAUGGCUGGAAGAUCGCAUCGACCCCGAACACUGGGAGAUGCUAAGCCGACUUGCACAGUAUUAUGAAAAUGGGCACAAGAGCUUCAUGGCAAAUUUUCGGCGCCUUGUGAACCAGACGGAAGGUAUCAGCGUAUUCCAGGUAAAGUUUGCGUGUAACGAGCAUGAAGACGGCAGAGUUGGCGGAUACCUAGAAUACGGGUUUAAUGGGAAAGAAUUUGUUGUUUUCGAUCAGAAGAAAUUAAUCUACAUUCCGGCAUCUCAUGAAGCUCAGGUCAUAACGCAGCAGUGGAACGGCAAGGAAUAUUCUGGUCACAACGACAAGAAUUUGAUGGAGAAGGAAUGCAUCGGAUGGAUGAGGAAAUACUUUGAGCUUGGAAAAUAUGUUUUGGAUCGAAAAGUUCCUCCACAGGUGAAGGUUACAGAGAAGGCAUCAGGUGGGGUCACUAAGCUCCUCUGCCACGUGUAUGGGUUUUACCCGCGAGACGUGGACGUGAAGUGGAUGAGGAAUGGCACUGAUGAGGUUUAUUCCGACGAGGCCAAACAGAUCCUCCCGAAUACUGACGGUACCUACCAGAUCAGAGCCAGUGUGGAGGUGACACCGAGGGAAGGGGACAGUUACUCCUGCUAUGUAGACCACAGCAGCUUGGAGAAGGAACUCAUUGUUCCCUGGGAACCCAGGAUCUCACCCCAUGGAUGGACAGCGCUUGCCGUCGGUGUCGUUCUUCCACUCCUGUUUGUCAUUGUUGUGUCUGUUCUGUUUGCGCGGAGGCAUUUCUCUGGUCACAGACAGAAGGUGAGCACAGAAGAAAGUUGAAGAAAGUUGCAUGUUUUCAUCAUAUAGAGUUUUUAAUAUUUUUAAAUUACAAAUGAGGCAUAGUAAUAAAACUGAAACAUAUCAGGAA